UGAUACUCCUCUACUUGAGUAUAGGCUGUCCUUAGUGAUUUGAAAUCAAUAUAAUGAAGGAAGGAUGGUGCUGUAUGGCUUCCAUAAUAACAGGGUCAGAAAAGGCCAUACUGCUUUCACUUGGAUAUCUUGGAAUGCUUGCUCUCUAGACAUUCCUUCUCAGAUUGCUCCCUCUCAUAACCUGCCUGCUGUACUGUGAGAGGCCAAAGCAAAUGGAGAGACCAUGUGUAGGUGUUCUGCUUCACAGUCCUUGCUCAGCCCAUCCUUCAGCCAUUCCAGCCCAGAUGUCAGAUACAUGAGUGAAGAAAGAAGUCAUUUGGAAAGCAGCAUCUCAGACAUGUUGAAAAAGAUGUUUUGAUCCCUAAAAUAAUGAGAGAAAAGGCCCGAGAGAGAUGUUCUGAACAAGUUCAAGAUUUUACCAAGUGUUGCAAGGACUCUGGAAUCCUUAUGGUAGUAAAAUGCCGGAAAGAAAAUUCUGCAUUGAAAGAAUGUUUAACUGCUUACUAUAAUGACCCAGACUUUUAUGAAGAGUGCAAAAUGGAAUACCUGAAGGAAAGGGAAGAAUUCAGAAAAACUGGAAUUCCUAGCAAGAAAAGGCUGCAGAAGCUUCCCACAAGCAUGUAGGCAAAUAUUCAAAUAAUAUCCAAUAACUCUAAUAUUUGUGGAAAUCACAAUCACCUGAAAUAAUGGACUCAAGGAAGUUUUAUUUGCUUUAUCCCAAAUUACGGAAUAUUAAUUCUAUGUGAAAUAAAGAUUUUUGUUUAAGUUCCAAAGUUGUUUAUUAAAUGGGAUAGUAAACAGUGAAA